UCAGAAAUACGAUGACUAGAUAGAAAGGUCAUUCCUAAACUGUUCCCAAGGAUGGUAUUGAUAGAAGUUAGUGAUAACAAUAGAUCUGCCAAUGAUAGUGAUGAGAUUACACGAGGGCUGAUGCGCCGUAAAGGUAGCCGAGGAGAGAGGGAGGGAGAGGGAGAGAGAGAGCGACAGACGUGAACAGUGAUGGUUGCGUCCCCCUCUGAGUUUCAAAAAAAGAAAAGAGCGUUGUUGAUACGAACCCGACUCGCACUACGACCUCAGAGGGAGUCUCAAGCGAAGUCCGUGAGUUGGGAGGUGUGGACCGGUCAAUCAAUGGGGCGUGAUAUCAGCGCAGCAGAAAACAUACUGCAUGCGAGAAGAAGACAUACUUACCGUAGCAAGGGAACACGUAAUUCGUUGAAGGGUCGCCAUGGGUCUGAGCCUGAGUUCUCAACUUGGACGCAUGCGAAGAUGUUUGGAUGUUCGUUUGUGGACAGGUACGGCCUCUCACCCCACAAAAUUGGCCUGGGAAUUGUUCAAGUAUGGGGAAUAAAACAGACACUUGGACAAGGAGGUCGGACAGCAGGGGGAGAGGAAGCUCGAGCCCGAGUUGCGGAGGCAGAGGAAUCACCGGAGAAUAUCAAGAUGCCAAAGGAGUUGACUGCGGUUCUCAUGAUGAACAGGAUAAUAAACAGAGUUGAACGAACGUGUCGUAGCGGUGGAAUGGAGGCGGGUUGGCGGGUUUAUUUGACGUGUAUAUUUUAAAGUGGAACGGUGGUGAGGGAUAUGUCCGACAAGCGCAGGGAGGGACCGUAGUAGUUCUGCGCCGAAGAUUCGGAAUAAGUAGCUACUUUUAGCCGAAGACGGGGAUUGAAAGUGUUACGAGACGUGAUUGUGGCGAGACGAAGGCAACGAAUCCACAGCUCCAAGGAGUGUUUUUGACGUUAC